GUGUGCAUCUACAUGUCCUCAGGUUUCAGACGAUGAAAGACACACCACCCUUCAGCUGUCCUCAGCUACACCAGGACUUUCAUCUCUCCUCUCUGUACCACCAGCCUGUUUCACACUGAUGCCAUAUUUGGAGGGCUGUAUAUGCAGUCUGGUGUCCCGGCAGCCAAUCAGAUCAUAGAUGUGGGAGUCCCUGCCUGUCUGACUCCCUGGUCGUUGCCUGGCAACUGGGACUGCUGCUCCAUAAUUCAAUCCAUUGAAAGAUCCUGCAGGGGUUUACAUGAGGAAGAGGAAAUUAUCAUCUGGUGCACAGGGGGAACAAAUGACCAAGGAUGGACUUCAUUUCCCACGCUGCUGAGCAGGAAAAUGAAAUGAAGGCACAUGAAGUAAGAGAUAAGAGCAUGUGGGAUACGAUGUCAUCAGCUAUUUAGUCAUAUCUAUUCAAAACAACAAAAAUGAACACCAUCUUCCUUUAAGAUUAUCUGUCAGACCACUGAAAUAAAAAUAGUUUUUUCCCCCUAUGCUCUCACUCCACCUCUCUAUUAGGAUAACUCAAGCAUGACAGCAUCACAAGCAUCGCCACACCCCCAUGUUUGAUAGACUGUCCUGUUUUUUCAAAUAUGGUGCAUCAGCCACUUGUCACACACAUUAAAUCACAUGCUCUGCUGCUGUUGCUGCUGCUGCAGGGAAAGGGUUAAAAAGGGGGAGGAUGCAAAAUGGCUCAAAGUCAGCAGUGUGUGUUAGAGAGAGGAACACAGAAAAGGACAAGAAGAGAGGAAGGAGGACUACAUCACGCAUGAUGCUGAAGAUAAGAUGAUGUAUUAAUCAAGACUGAAUCUCUCUUAUUGUGCACCAUCCCACUCCUGCUCUGCUGUUUUCUUUUGAUGCAUUCUGCUGAGUGCCUCUGCAGCUGCAGUCAGCCUGAUUUCAUCUCCUGAGUGCACCACCACUGAAUUCAAAUAGUGAAUGUGCAAGAGUGAGUAAGGACUUUUUCCUGGGAACUCCUGCCAAAGAGAGAGAGACACUAGAAUAAAGAGCUAUCCGGGAGGACACACUGGGGCUCAGUGUGGACCUGAGAGAGACAGGAAGGUGGUGAGCUGAAGAGGUACGAUGAGUCUAAACAGUCAAACUCUGACUGUUAGUGGACAGGACAACCGAGCCCCCUGGGAGGAUGCUCGGGUGGUUUUAAAGCCCUCCACCCCCAGCAGGAAACCUAAACCACCAAAGCCUGAGAAUGCCAUCACCAUCGCCGUGUCAGCCCGAGUCCUCUUCAACAUGGAUAAAGAACAACAUAUCUAUGAGCAACAAGGCAUGGAGGAGUACAUUAAGUACCAGGUGGAGCACGAAACGGAGCCUUUCAGCCCCGGACCUGCCUUCUCUUUUGUCAAGGCUCUGGAGGCUGUGAACACUCAUCUGAGGGAGCUUUACCCUGAGAGCGAGGAGCUUUUUGAUGUUGUGCUCAUGACCAACAACCACGCGUACGUCGGCCUAAGACUCAUCAAUACCAUCAAUCAUCACCAGUUGUUCAUCGAGCGCUUUUGUAUGACAGGGGGAAACAGUCCUAUUGGAUAUUUAAAGGCCUACCACACAAACCUUUACCUGUCUGCUGACGGCACCAAGGUUCGAGAAGCUCUGGAGGAAGGCAUUGCAGCAGCCACCAUGUUCACCCAAGAGAAGAUCACAGAGGUGUCAGACACUCAGCUCCGUGUUGCCUUCGAUGGAGACGCCGUCCUCUUCUCGGAUGAGUCGGAGCGUAUUUACAAAGCUCACGGAUUGGACAAAUUCUUCGAGCAUGAGAAGGCGCACGAGAACAAGCCUCUGGACCACGGACCACUUAAAGGAUUCUUGGAGGCUUUGGGAAAGCUGCAGAAGAAAUUUUACGGCAAAGGCCAGCGCAUGGACUGCCCGAUCCGGACCUACUUGGUCACAGCUCGCAGUGCAGCCAGUUCUGGUACCAGAGCCCUAAAAACUCUGCGCUCAUGGGGUCUGGAGAUAGAUGAGGCUCUGUUUCUGGCAGGAGCACCCAAGGGCCCAAUGCUUGAGAAGAUCAGGCCGCACAUCUUCUUUGAUGACCAGAUGUUUCACGUGGAGGGGGCAGCAGAAAUGGGGACAGUAGCGUGUCACGUGCCCUACGGGAUAGCUCAAAGAAUAACCAAGACAGGAAUUAAAGACAGAGAGACGUCUUCAGCACCCAAAUAGCCUGAACGUCUCUGUGCAGAGGUACAGGAGCCUAAAGGGACCUUUCAUUUUGGAAUGCAGUAGCUGAGGAUGUAAGGAGUUUAUUUAAAUCUAUAAAAGUGUCCUGAAAAUGGGUUGAGAAAGUAAUAACACCCUGAGUGGUGCAAUAUGAUGGUGUGAUAUAGCCAUGUGAUGUCAUUUUAACCUUAUUUAAACAAUUUCUAUCAUAAAAACCAAAUGAUGUUUGAUAUCAGAGGGUUCUUUUAUCCAUUGGCUGUCUUUUUUAGUUUUUAGUUUAACAAGACUUUUUUAUUAGGAACCAUUUCCAAACAGAUUACAACUUGUAACCAUGACUUUAUAUUAAUUCAUGAUUGAAAAGCUUACUUUGAUCAAGAUUUGUUGAAUCAUUUUAAACUGUUAAUUCUAGCAGUGUUUAGUUUCAAGGUUAAAUAAAUCUUCUCAUUGCACCAUUAAAGGUACUAUGAGGAGUUUUUAACUGGCUGAGAAACAGACUGAAAUUGAUACUGAUGCCUCUUUAUGACCCUCAAAAGCAAACCAGACCAUCCACAAUAACACCGAUACUUUCUCUGUUGCCAUUUUUAAUGCCUGAAACUAUUCUGAGGGGGUAGGUAUCAGAACAGCUGAUUGACAUCUCGCUCUAGAAACACCCUUUUUUGGCUGUUUUCAUGGCAAAUAAUCACAUUGCGUGAUAAAUCUAAAUGUUAAAAGACAACAGGAUGAGGUUAUUGUCUGAAGACACUAAUUUUGCAUUUACAGGACAAGAGAUAAGAGGUAUCACUUUGUCCACAAGGUGGCGCAAGAAUCAAUACAAACCAGAAGUUCCUCACAGCAGCUUUAAGCUGAGUUCAUUGUAAAAAAAAAAUGGCUGCAGAGGAUCGAGAACAUUAUCUUAACUGCUUCUCAGUGGUUCACUAAGACUCAUAACUGCGUUGUUACCUGAAAGGGAGAGAAACACCAGCCAAAGGAUUAUACAAUAACUCUUUCAUAACAUGCUCUUCAUAACAGUCUGAAUUUGAACAAUAUUUAUCAACAACCUCCAGUAUUAUUUUCUGUAUUUAUUUAUCUUUUAAAAUGUGUAGUUGUAACUCUUUUAAAACACAAAAUGCUCAGCAAUUUAAAAUUAAGAUGAACCAAAUUGAAGAUCUUAAUUUCUGCUCGGAUGCUGAGUUGCUGAGCAAAGAUCUGAAUGAAGCCUGUUCGAGCCAUCAUGACAAGAAGCUACGCAGCUUUACUGAAGACAUCUCUGUCCAUCUGAUUUGAUCACUUUUAACACUUUACUGCUUAUCUGUGAGUAAUUGAAACUGGUGCCUUUUCCUCACUAGUGUUGAAUUUUUCAGUUGAUUUGCAUGUUGUUGGUAAAUGUUUGUUGUAACGAAUGUAUAUGACUGUAUUUUAAAAUGUCAAAUUUAGUUUAUUGACAAAUUGGUAAUUUAAUUUUUGUCAUAUCUAUUGAAAAACACAUUUUGUUGCAUACACUACAUACUCCACUUUGAACACAUUUUGCAUUUCCUGUUUGCACUUUUGUCCCUAAAGUGCCAAAAGUUUGUCGUCUCCCUUGUCGUUGCCGUCUGUCUUAUUUUAAAGCUAGGUGGGUUGUUAUUGGUAUGUUGAUUUACUGUUUAUGCUUGUGUGAAUGUAAGGAUAGUUUUAAUUUCCCUCUCGCUUAAAUGUGCAAUCUGUGUUGUUCUGGACAAAAUGAGCACUGUGGACUGUUAUGCAAUCAAAAUGUUCUGUUUAAAGACUAAAGUAAAGAUGACAGUGUUUAAAAAUACUCUCUAUCCCUCCUUUCCACUCCAAAACAAAUCCUCAAUUUUGCUGCAGAGUGUGACAGAGAGUUUUAAAUUCUUGUUCUCAAUACAGUAAGGGCAGAGCCAGGGAGUGGCCAAGCCCCUCACACCAAUAAAAUCUGACUGGACACUCUC